CAACAGCUUCUCAACAUCUUCGAGGUAAUAAUCUCAACCCUCGAGGGCAAGCUCAAGCGCAUCGACAGCCUCGACAAAUCUGUCGAACAUAUGGUGAAGCGUAUGGAAGCACUGGAUAAUCGUGUGGCGGACAAUUUACUUAAAACCGACGCCGUCAUCUCCAAACUUCGCACACUGGACAAUAAAAUCACCAACGAUAUACACGCCUCGUCCAAUGAUGGCAGCGGUAGUGGCGGGCGCUCGGCACGCAUCGCCAAUAUGGCCACUGCAGAGCAUCUAGAUAAUCGCCUACUGCUGCUGGAUCAAAAGGUUAGCGAUAUCGACACCAAGCUUGAAGUGCUCAAAACACAAAUCGAUAAUAAUUUUCUACAAGUUGACGACAUUAAUGCGGAGGCGAGCGAGAAGAAACCGAUCAGCAUGAAUGUUGUUGAGAUAACGAAGGCUAUGAAUGCCGAAGUAAUGAAUCAUGUGUCUACGGAAUUAAAUGAAUUACGCGACACUACCGACAAUAUUGACAAGAAGCUACAAUUUCACAUCAAUAUUGUGUCGGAGAAUGUGGGCCAUAUGUUGCGUAUGGUGGGUGACAUACACGAAGCCGUUGUGGAUCAUCAGGAACAAUUGAAUGCAUUGAAUGCCACUACAACGGCACUACCAAUUAUAAAAUCGAGUAAAAUCGAUGCGCUCGUAAAGCAGAUACGGCCAAUGGUAUCGGUUUCGGAGAAAAUGGACGAAGUAUGGGACGUUGUUGUGGGCACAAAGUCAUCGGUCAUUAACGAUUUGCUACCCAAAUCGGAUGCCUUACUGACGCAGACACAACGGCAGGAGCGUGCUAUUGGCGAGAUCCAUCACGAUCUGAAGGCGAAAACGAAUCAAAUCAUCAACAAUUUGGAUAUGGUUGAGAAACGUUUGAAGAAACAGGAAGAUGAUGUGCAACUAUUGGCGCAACGACCAGUACCAGCUGAGCUGCUAAUGGAUCCCACUAUCGAUCGACUUGUCGAAUAUGAUCCCAAUCGUUACUCCGUCAUUGAUGAGUAUCCCGAAACGAAUAUGCCCACCACACCAAUCACUACAAGCGCAACAGGCACCUCAACUGUGCCACCCCCUACAGUAGCCGCUUCACUGAGCGCAUAUACCACAUUCGCGACAACAACACCCAGCCCGUCAUUAGCAUCAGCCAGUCAACCUACUACGUCAUCAUUUACGGCGCAAAUGGCUGCAAAUGGAGGCGCUUCAUCGGCGGCUAUGUUAGCAGCGGUCUCAUCGGCAGCCACAACAACAUCAACCUCGGCAAAGCCACUAUCACGCAAAGGUGGCAUUAUCUUUCCCAGCGUUAAGAAUAAGCCUGCUGUGGUGAAUUCAACAUUUUCCACCGACAUACUCACGCUGAAGGACAUAAAGGGGUUCUCUUGCGUGGAUCUCCUUAACGCUGGCAUGAGGCAAUCGGGUGUGUUCUACUUGCAAAUUCGUGGUACCACCUAUUGGUUCUUGAAGGUCUUUUGCGAGCAAGAAGUAUCUGAUGGCGGCUGGACGGUCAUACAAAGACGAGACGAUUUUGGUGAGCCACGCGAAAACUUCAAUCGUGAUUGGGCUGACUAUAAAAAUGGAUUCGGCGAUCCCGCCAAGGAAUUCUGGUUAGGUAAUGAAAAUAUUUAUAUGCUAACGAAUAAUGAGGAUUAUGCGCUUCGCGUUGAGCUAGAAGACUUUGAAGGCAAUAAGAGAUAUGCACAAUAUUCGCACUUUAAAAUUCACUCAGAAGCUGAUUACUAUAAAUUGGAAAUCGAUGGUUAUGAGGGUAACGCUGGCGAUUCACUAAAUGAUCCUUGGUACGGUUCGAACAAUAGUCCCUUCUCAACCUACAAUAGGGACAACGAUCGUAGCUCACUGAAUUGUGCUAGUAUGCUGAAGGGCGGUUGGUGGUGGAAGUCUUGCGGUCGUGGUCUAAAUGGUUUAUACUUACAUGAUCCACAAGAUUUGACAGCACGACAAGGUAUCGUCUGGUUCCGUUGGCGCGGAUGGGACUACACACUAAAGAAGGCCACUAUGAUGAUCCGUCCUCGCGCACCCCAGCCCAUGGGCAGUACCGUGUCGACGUCAUAAGCAUUGAGCGACUUGCGAACCUACUUGGAGGCGUUAAGUUGUAAACAAAAACAACAACUGUUUUUAAUCACCUAAAAUCAACCGCAAACAAGUUUCAAAUGAAAUAGUUUUAAAAGCAGAGCGGCAUUUAAAAACGAAACUUUUUUCAUGUAGGCAGACAUUUUCGAAUUGAAAUAUCCUGCACUGUGAAAAAAAGCGGAAAUACGAUAUUUGGGCCGAAAUAUUACACGCACACAUGCAUACAUACAAAAUAUCCAUAUACAUUUACACGUCCAUAAAAACUUGCAUAUGAAAUGUAGUUUUACUUCAUUUUCGGGUUGAUUUUUAUUUUCGAAAUUUUUUAAAUUUUUCGUUGAUAGCCAAUUAUAUAUGUAUACGUUUACAUCCUUAUUUGUUAUUUGUUUUACAGAUAUUAACUUAUUUUAUCAUACAUAUUGCAUAUAUAUAUUAUAUACAUAUGUACAUUAUAUUCGUACAUGCAUAGAUUCAUAUUUGUAAACCACACAUAAAUACAUUUUUUUAUAUUGGAAAUUAUUUGAUUGUUAACCCAGCAAUUGCCAAAACUCAUCAACGCAUCGGACUUUUUACGAAAUUCUAUGCAUGGAAUUCUUAUUGUAACGAAUAUCGUACAAAAUAACUGACUUCUGUUUGUUUUGUUAACGGUAUUCAAAAUAAAAAGAAGGAAAUUGGCCGGUUAUGUGACAAUAUUUUGCCUAUCAUUAUCAUGUACACAUAAAUUUUAGUUACUUUGAAGCAUAUGCAAAUCAAAAUCAUAUGUACAACUACAUAUAUAAGUGAAUACAAACUAUCUUCUUUAUUUAAUUGCAUUAUCUUACGGCAAAGCAUAAUUUUUUUACUAAAAUAUUCAAUUUUCCCAAUUUUUUAUAUUCAGAUAAUUGUUGCGUUGUUUUUUGUUCUCUAAAUUGGAGAUAUAAUUUCCAUUCAAGCAUCAUAUUGUAAAUAUUAUUCCUUUUCAUAACAGCAAACUUUUUUAAUCUAAAUUAUCUCCUGUUUAUUUUGUCAGUUAUCACAUCUAUAAUUUUGAUUGUUUUCUUAAUUCAUUGUUAUUCGUAUUUAUGCAAUCAAUCCAAAAAUGUACAGAACCUUCAAUAUACUCUUAAAUAGAAUUCGUAAAGAA